UCUCUCUCCUCCCCUGCGUCUCUAAUAUGAUGAUAGAUGCCUUUCAUCAUCGGAGACCGAGGAGCAGCUACCCAAGGAACAAUGGCUUCCCUCUGUCUUAAUUUGUUGCCCUCGCCACACUCUCGCAGGCUGACAGAAGCUUCCUCUGCUUCCUCUUCUUCUCCUUCUCCUUCUCCUUCAACGACACCAAAAAGUAGCAGCAGCAGCAGCGGCGGCGGCGGCGGCGGCGGCAGCAUUGGAAGCUUGAAGCCCAUCGUAGUCAAUGGGAAUCCCCCCACCUUCGUAUCUGCUCCCGGUCGUCGUAUCGUUGCCGUUGGGGAUCUACAUGGCGAUCUUGAGCAGGCAAGACGUGCAUUUCAGAUGGCUGGUGUCUUGAGUUCAGAUGGUCAAGACACAUGGACUGGUAAAGAGACGGUUUUGGUUCAGCUGGGAGACAUACUUGAUCGAGGAGAAAAUGAAAUAGCCAUCUUAUCCUUGUUGCGUUCUAUGGAUAAACAGGCACAAGAAGAUGGUGGAGCCAUUUUUCAGAUCAAUGGGAAUCAUGAGACUAUGAACGUAGAAGGGGACUUCAGGUAUGUUGAAUCUGGCGCAUUCGAAGAGUGUGCAGGCUUCCUGGACUAUCUGGAUAGUUAUGGAUAUGAAUGGGAAGAAGCUUUUCUUGGUUGGGUUGCUGCGUCUGAAAAGUGGAGGCAAGACCAGAAGACAUCUCAAAAUUAUUGGGACUCAUGGAAUUUAGUGAAGAGGCAGAAGGGGGUUAUUGCCAGAUCAGUCUUACUGCGACCUGGCGGUCCGUUGGCAUGUGAGUUGGCUCGGCAUGCUGUUGUACUCAAGGUCAAUGAUUGGAUCUUUUGUCAUGGUGGCCUCCUUCCUCACCAUGUUGCCUAUGGUAUUGAAAGGAUGAACUUUGAAGUAUCUAACUGGAUGAGAGGUCUCUCUGAGAAAGAUCUUGGUCCUCAACUCCCUUUCAUUGCCACACGGGGAUAUGAUAGUGUUGUUUGGAGCCGCUUGUACUCAAGAGAUGUAUCGGAUCCCGAGGAUUAUCAAAUCAGUCAGAUACAAUCUAUUCUUGAAGAGACAUUGCAAGCUGUGAAUGCCAAGGCAAUGGUAGUGGGGCAUACUCCUCAAACUGCUGGAGUAAAUUGUAAAUACAACUGUAGCAUAUGGAGGAUUGAUGUCGGGAUGUCGAGCGGGGUUCUUAAUUCAAGACCUGAGGUUCUGGAGAUUGUGGAUGGGAAAGCAAGAGCGAUAAAGGGAAGAAGGGACAUGCUUAGUGAGCUUCAAGUUGUUGACUACACAUAGACCAGCAGUGUAGCAACAAGCCUACAUUCGGCGCUGAAACAGGUGAUGAACUUGAUGGUGGUAGCAAGAAUCCGACUCGAAUUGUACUGAAUUUGGAGUCCUCACCACCUGUUCCGUGCUCUUUCAGUGAGUUCUGCAGCAACACAAUUGCAGUACUGAAAGCCGGUUUCACACAUCAGAGAAGAAGCAGAUCUCUCGGUGUUGGAUAAUGGAUAUGUAGGAGGAGAGCAAUUUAUCAUAAGGGGAUCUCGUUUAAUGUAAGGAACGAUUCUUCAGAACAUUUUUCCUACUGAGCGGGAAGAAUUAUCCCAUCAGUAUUAAAAUAGGCGGAGGAUUGUAUGAGCCUCAUACACAUGGAAAUUGUAAAUUGUAAAUUGGAACAUAUACUGCUAACAAAUCUCAGUACUUUACAAUA